AGAGAGAGAGAGAGAGAGAGAGGGGAGAGGAAGGAGAGCUAGGUUGCCUGAUUUUGCCCAGUCGCGAAUCUUGUCUCGACUUUUUCGAGAGACCGGAGGACCACGUGGCCCGUUCGGAGUGACAAUAGUGACAUCAGUGGGGGACAGUGGGUCGCACAUUAGACGGUGCGUGAGAAUGACGCGUGUCAAAGUGUAUAUCUUCCUCGCGCAGAUUUGUUGAUUUGCUCAGAAAUCGUCGUGAAAAAGAUCGUAACGUGCUUUUGGGACAGCUUUAAGAAAACAGGCGAUCAAAUGUAUCUCGCCCAUAUGAUACCGGUGCACUUUUCGCUGAGGUGAUAGUCAUCGUGGUACCAAGAUGAACGGGACGGACAAAAUGGCUCGUUGCGGCAACGAUGAAUCUUCCCUGCAAUCGGUGCACUCGGGUCAAUCAACUCAUGUCACCGCCGUUACUUCGACGUCUCCCGUGACGCCGAUCUUGGCAAAGUGUAUUGUUGUCACCCCAACCGACAAGGUCACUGCCAUUACUACCAGUUCUACCCACGUGCUAGGUGCGCAGUCAGCUGAUAGUCCUACUACUACCUCGCCACCGUCUCCGCUGGACUCCCGUAUACCAAGGCCAUCGCCAUCGGCUCUGCGCCGCGCCGCGAGCUUGCGCUUGCGUGGCGAACGUUUACCACCACAUCAUUCGCGAGUCACCACCGCCGCUGCAGCCAGCACGGCCCUGGUCGGCCACCAGCACUAUCCCCGUCGUCACAACCACCUCCUGCAGUCUCCGCAGCAGCAUCAACAUCCGGAUCAUUGUAUCUUUCCGGUCAUCACGGAGAAUGGAACUGACUCGCCGCGACAACGAUCCUUCAGCCUCUCAUUGACACCGGUGAGGCCGCGGCCAGGUCACGCGGCCUCUGGAGGAUCGACGACAACGGGAGUCAACGACGACAGCGAUGCCGAGAGUGUGAAGAGUUACAGUAGCGCUUGCAGUACAGCGAGCGCCUGCGAGCAUGCCUCCUUCGCAUUGAAUGGCACCACCUGGUCUGGUCGAUCGCGAAAAUAUGUCGUACAUUGCUCGAAUUACGCCGGCGAUAGCGAACAGUACCUCACGCCUACCCAGAGAGCGGCUAAACAAGUUCGCAAGUUUCAGGCUCUGUUAAAGGAGGCGCGCAAGGAGAUUGACGAGAAGGACCGGGAGAUCUUGCGUUUGACGAAGGAGGUUGUAGAAUUGAGGUUGUACAAGGCCUCUCUGAACAGUCCGGAUGAGCGAACGGAUAGCAGCGACGCUCUCACCGUGCGCGAGAACAAUCCCUUGUCGCCAGAAUCGCCGAGUAAGGAUCUUCCCAAUGAAGAUGCCGCGGGGAAAUCCGUCGUCAGUCCAGAAGUGCCGGAGAAGCGUAUGCAUACGGAUCUUCCUUCGUCAUUAGCUGACUCCGGCCACUUUGAAGAUGGUUCCGUCCAUUCGAAAGACUCCGUAUGCCUGCCUGAGUCGCAGUCGGAGAUUACUACCAGUACGACAACGUGCGCUAAUGUGGUGUCCAAUGAUAUUGUCUCCGAUACGAAUCUUGUGCCAACGAGUGCACAACGGGACGAAGAGAGGCGUGGAUUAGUUAGUCACUAUGAAAGUAGAAUCGAGGAUAUGCAUAGGCGGCAUGUUGACGAGUUACAAGAGCUCAAACAAAAGCACAAUGACAAGGUGGAAAGCUUGUUGAAUCAACUGUCUGAGGUCAACACUCGUUACUGCGAAGUGCGGCCGGCUGUGGAUAUCGCCGAGGUUCGCGCACAUGAAUUAGAAGUGGAAUUAGAGGCUGUGAAGACUGAGCUUAAUGAGCAGAAAACGCUUUUGAGUGAGCAGGAAGAGAGAAAUAAGCAAAUGUACCUGAAAAUGUAUGCCAAAGGUCAAGAAGCCGCGCGUAUUGAACAAGCCGAUCAGAUAUUUGUGCAGGCGCAACAAUCACCGUCUAAAGUUACCGUCGCAGAAUUGCUUCAACAGCUGACUGUCACACAAGCUGAGUUAGAGAAUAUUAAGGACACAAGCUACUUGCCUGAACCUCACAUUUCAGCCGAACGUAGCCAAAGUUUAUUAAGUGCUCAGGAGGCUGUUUCUCUCUGGGUCCUUGGCACACGUAAGGCAAUGUAUAGGCGUAUUGUAGAGGCGAGAAGCAGCCAAGGUACUCUCGAUCCAGAAAUUACCCUGCAGUUCCUCAAGUCGGCAAUUUACUAUUUUCUAACGGAUAAGGAGAAUCAUCACGGUCACUUAAAUGCUAUUGAAAGUAUCUUGGGUUUUACGGAAGCGGAAAGACACAACAUCGAUAGAUACUAUCGAUCGGCGAGAAAAUAAUAUUUUCUAAAGAUUUUCAAUAUAAAAUGUUAUAUCAUUGACGACUGGUGUUACAUAUAUUAUGCA